AUUGGGGACUUGUCUGGACGAAUGGCGAAUAUGGACUAUCAGCGGGAAGUUCAAAACUUUAGGAGAAAUGCAAGCGCUAGGUCAUCGUGUUCUUCUCUCGCCAUGGAGAUAAAAAGAAAGAAAUAAGAGAGAACACAGUAUUCUUGCAAUCAGAGGUAAUGUGCCAGUUUGUUUGUUGUCAAACGAUUAGCUAACUACUAGGCUAGCAAACGUUAGCUAACUGAUGCUUUUCUAACGCGUCAGCUAGCUAACAAGCGUAUCCAGCUGAGCUAACAAUUUCUUCUACACAGCGUUACAGUAGUGUUAUAAUUUGUGCUCUAGCUAGCUAACGUGAAUGCAGAAAUAUUAAAGUGGUUUGCUAGCUGUGUUCCAAUGCUUUCUUUCAUGAUUACUGAUUUGUAAAACACUGGCCUCCAUUCAAUCUAUUAUGUAUCUGAUACGUUAGUCGUUACUUAAUCCACUCUGGCCCUGUCCAGAAACAACCCAGCCUCUAGCCAAGCAAACGUAAUCUCCACGAUGAUGUGAAAUACAUCGUGGAGAUGAGUUUUACUUGGUUACAUAGCCUCUAGGCACUUAUACUGACACGUAUGGAGAUGCAUACUUCCUUCUGAUGGUGGCUGUUUCUAAAUAGGACCUAGCUAGCAGAUUGUAUCGGGCUAUGUAAUGUGAUCCUCCAUUAGCCGUUACAAGAUAGGUACUGUUUGGCAUAGCACGUAGAAUCAUCUUGUCUAUUUCAAAUCUCCUCUCAUUGAUUGAGACAGGUGUACACUUUGUUGGAUUACGUCAUGGAACAAAAAAAUUGAUUUAUUUUAUAACGGAGCAUUUUCAAAAUGAAAACGAACUGCCUGCAACUGGAUACCGAAAUUUUAGAAGAUACAUGUAUUGUCCGAAUCGAGAACGAAGAUGGUAUCAUCGCCAAGUUAAGGUUGGUGGAAAAUUCUCUGCUACGCCAAACAGUACCUGUCCGGUAACGGCUAAUGUAGCGUCACAUUGGCCCGUUACAAUCUGCUAGCUGUAUAGAUAGGACCCUUUUCUCUCCUCUAUGACACCCUUUCAGUGGUCGUGAAGAACAGUUCUGCUUUGCAUGUUUAUUGAAACGUUUAUUUUUUGCUCUAUUAACAAACGAAUGUUCUUGCAGGCAAAAUGCAUGAAAAGAUGUCCACAUCUGAAUGACACUCAUGAAAUUAGAGGACAUUAAUUUGUUGUACAUAAGACAGAUUUCUAAGAAACUACAGGUGACAAAAUAGAGGAGAAUGAUGAUGUUUACAUAUUGAAAGAGAAAUUAAGGCUAAAUAAUCAUAGAACAGUAUACUAUCUAUAGCCUAUACUUUCUUUAGCCUCUCUACCAACCAUCAGAUGUCUGAGUGGUGUAAACAGAAAUUACAACAAAUUAUUUAGUCCUUUAAUAAACAUAGUCAUAAUCCCUAUGUUAAUGGUUUAUUUGUUAGCUUUCCUCUUUUAGAAUCUUGUCAACCACCUACGUACAUCUCCAUAUUAAUAAAUUAUGUGAUACUGUGAUAGAUUUUGUUUUCUAGCAAAGACCACCCAACAUGUCAUGCACCUCAUGGACAUCAAACCCUGUCAAUCUCUUGAGUCUGCCCAACCAAACAUUUUUGUCAUGUUUUGAGUUUCUUUACUUCAGAUGGAUUAAGUUCUGUUUCAGUUUCAAAUGAGUGUUUUUGACCCAUUUAACAUUCUUCACAUUUUGUCUUUGCUCUAAUGAUGUUUACCUUCCAGUAUCCCUCUUUCAUCAAGAUCUGUGUCCUCACCUCUCUCACCCAAAACCCAUCACUGUCUCCUGUCUGUGACACGUCACAUCCUUUAGCUAGAGGAUAUCACCAAACUCCUUAGCUACCUGUCUCCUGUGAAUCCACACUAUUGUAAUUCUCUCUAUUGCUAUGGUGUUAUCCCCCUCCUACAGGACACUAACAUGCAGGAGAAGAUAGACUUUGAGAUCCGCAUGCGAGACGGGGCCUACAAGCUCCUGGUGGCCAGCACCAAUAGAGAGCAGAUCCUGAAUGCCUCCAAGAACCUCCUGACCUGCAACACUCGGAUCAAGGCCUACAUGACAGAGAUGCACAAGAAGGAGGACCACGAUAUGAGAGUUGCAUCUCGUAGGAGGUAAAGAUAUCAGACCUUCUAUUUUCUGGUUAUGUGUGUUUGUUUGUGAAGUCGUGCUCCAUAAGUGAAGUUGAAUUUAUCAUGUGUUUUGUGUGCCAUAGACUAUCAGAUCGCAUUUCAAAUGAUCAUAUGGCCUGCAGAGGAAAAGUGGCAUUGUCUGGUAAGUUCCUUCUUUUUUGUCAGAAGGGAACAAUGACUGUCCUGUAUCAUAUGUUUCCUUUCAUAUUUCAUGAAGAUCAUUAGAUAUUGAGCCGAGCCGCUUGUCUUAUCACCGUUGUUGGAAAGUAUACUGGGAUUCUUUCAUUUACUGACAGGUUUGUCUUUGUCCUCCACUGUAGGGCUGCGGAUACCGUUGAUGUGGAAAGACUCAGACCACUUUAAUAACAAAGGGAGUGAGUAACUUAUGUCAUUUAUUGUUUUCAGUGAAGGGAAAGGAAAGCUACAGAGGAAAAACCGAAGCUCUGGAAAUUCAGUUCAGUUCAUUGAGACAACCUAAUAACUAAAGCAAUUCUCAUAUACAAGCCAUGUCCUUGCCAAUAUUCAAAAUAUGUGUGGUCUUUUGUAGCUCAAUUGGUAGAGCAUGGCGCUUGUAAUGCCAGGGUAGUGUGUUCGAUCCCCGGGACCACCCAUGCGUAAAAAUAUAUGCACACAUGACUGUAAGUCGCUUUGGAUAAAAGCGUCUGCUAAAUGGCAUAUUAUUUAUUAUUAUUUAUUUAUGUAUUCUGAGUCUGGAUGUAGUUAUGAUUGUGAAUCCUGGUUUUAGGCUCGCGGCGGGUUGCCAUCUUCUGCCUGAUGAGAAUUGGAUCAGAAGUUUUUGACACUGAGAUGGUGGUUGUGGACAGAUCUAUGACGGAUGUUUGUUUUGAGGGUGUAACGGUUUUGUAAGUAUUCCCCACAAGUACAAACUCAUAUUGUUGAAAUGGGAUACCUUGGUUCUAUGUCUACAGGACCCUAUCAUGUUCUUUCCAGUCUUUUGUUAAAGAUGCACUCCGUUAUCCAAAUUUGUAACAUAUGGCACAAAUUGGAUUCGUAACAUAUCAAACCAAUUACGAAAUUCGUAUAUCAUCAUACAAAUUGCAGAAUUCGUAACAUAUCACACGAAAUGGAUGACAUAGUACACAAAAAAUGGGGACCACUUUUGGCUUGUGAGCACCACUUUCAAAACUACUGGCUGAAAUUAUACAAAAGUUUGAGAAUGCAUCUAUAAGUGUUCUGAGUCUUACAUUUCCCUCCUGAUUGACAGUAACGAUGUUGGGCCUGCCUUCGAGCUGAAGGUGGAGCUCUAUAGCUGUGCCAUAGAGGAGGAGACCACCCUGGUCAACACCCCAAAGAAACUGGCCAAGAAGUUCCGCAGUUCAUUCGGCAGGGCAUCUGGGAGGAAACUCUGCCCCCUGCUUGAAGCUGGAGACCCCGACGCUUUCCUGCAGUCCAACCCAAUACCCCUGUAUGUGAGCUGUAGUUAAGGCCCAGAGUUUUCCCUGGUCAGGUCUCAUGGUCAGGAACAACGUUGGGUGCUGAUUAUAUGUAAUGGGUAGGGCCCAGAUUCUUUCCUGACCUAUAGUGCCAGCUAUAAUGUACUGUAGUCACCCCUUUUGGUUAGGCAGUUGUUGCCUUUUGCCUAGUCAGUCAUCUGGUUAAUCUUGUAUGUUAAAUCACGUUGGGUCUCUGUCUGUCCUUCCUAGGGGGGCAAGGUACAGCCUGCUGGCGUACACCUCUCUGGGCUUGGCCUGGGCCGAUGGGGGCUUCCAGUCCCAUUCUCUCAUAGUCCUCCAGGAUGGUCAGAGCAACACUUCAUUGCCCAUUCUUUUAUAUACUGCUUUGCGUUACAGAUACAUUUCAUUGCCUGUUUUUGGCUUCAUAAAGGAUUGUCACAAUAUGCCUUACAUGCCUUGUUUGGACUGCUUUCUCUUUAGCUGAGUCGUCCUCCUGGCUGCCUCUCUAUGGGAACCUCUGCUGUCGUCUAGUUGCCCAGCCCAUCUGUAUGACCCAGGACAUGAUGAAUGGCUAUCUGAUUCAGCAGGUGAGCUAACUGUUAUCAACCCUCUGACUGCUCCCUGACAAACUAUAGAGUACCAUAUCUGACCCUGCCAGUCAAGCCCUGAUAAGCAGAGCUAAAACCUUCUUUAGUCAUAUAACAUACCAUUCUGUGGCGUAGAAAAGUAAACCAAUGUCUUACCAUAGCUCACUACAUAAUACCCAUAAUAAAUAAUAAUUGUCUUCUAUUCCAGCAAAGUGUGGAGGGGCUGUCCCGGUGCUGCAGCCUGUACUGUGUGCUCAGGGCUGGGACUCUGUUCUGCUACUACACCCCUGAGGAGAUCACUGCCAAGGUGGAGCCCAGCCUCAUCAUACCCAUCAACAAGGUAGAUGUUGCCAUGGUAACCGACCCUGGUGAUUGUGAUAGAACAGCACGUAACUGUUAGUUUUCAGUUUGUCAUCCCUGGGCUCUCCUCUGCUGUUUCUCUGUCCAGGACACUAGGAUCCGUGUGGUGGAUAAGGGCCCUCAGAAGAGGUCCAACAGUCUGACCAUCACCAACCCAGUGGUGGGGGGUGCUCUGACCAACGUCUUCACAACUGACAGCAGGGAGGAGCUGGAGGACUGGAUGGAGGCAUUCUGGCAGCACUUCUACGACCAGAGUGAGUGUUUGGAAGAGUUAGCAAAAACCCUUAUCUCAUGCUCUUUCUUUCAGAGAUUUAAUCAAAUUCAUAUUUCGCCACCCAACGCUCUGAUCUGAUUUGUUUUCUGUCUCUCCCAGGUCAGUGGCAGCACUGCUGUAGUGAGCUGAUGAAGAUUGAGGUUACGUCGCCAAAGAAACCCCCACUCUUCCUCACCAAACAGGCUGACUCUGUCUACAAUGACCUGAGUAAGUCCAGUGCCCUAAAAAUCUUUGACUACAUAUUGUAUUGUCUUAGAUUUUGCUGAUAUGCAGUUUUGGGUGAGAAAAUACAACUUACUUAUUUUUUAAAUGAGCCCUGCAAUACACACACAUUAAAUAUAAAAUGCAAUCAAUCAAAAUAAUUAAAUCAAAUAUUAAUCAAUCAGAUCAUGUGAACUCUUCUGUGAAGAGGUCACUAAUUAAGUUUCUGUAAAACUGCCUUACAGAAACCAGUGUUGGGUAAGCUGUCAUACACUAUUUAUAUACUAUAUGAUUAAUUUAGUCAGUUUUCCCCAUUUGUUCUAAAGGUAUAAAUUCUCCUGGAAAGUUUGAGAGUAUCACCGACAUCAUCCACAACAAAAUCGAGGAAACAGGGGGCCGCUUCCUCAUUGGUGAGGAGGAGGCAAGGGAGCCUCCUAAAUGGUCCACUCUGUUUGACGGGUCCCUCCCCAUGGUGGUGCAGAAGAGUGUUCUGUCUCCGGGCAAAGAGAGUCCCUGUCCCAGCCCCACUCCCAGCUCCAGCUCUGUCUCCAAUGGCAACAAGAAGAGGCGUGCCCCGCCCCCACCUGCUGACAAGCAGCCUUACGGCUUCCCUCCAGCCAGACCCCCUCCUCCGUAUCAGGAGAAGGACAACGUUGGGGCUGGGGCGCGAACCAAGACAGGAACCAAGACAGGACGGCCCUCGCUGGACGCCAAGUUCUCUGCCAUCAUCCAGCAGCUGCAGAGGAACCCUGGUGGCCUGUCCAGAAAGAACGCCCCCCUGGGCCAGAUGGAGCCUCCCCAGCUGGAGCUGGAGUACCCCCAGACUCCUGAUGUCCCCCCCAGGCCUGCCCCCGUUCCUGCUCCACGCAACAAACUGAGGAAGUCCUUUAGGGAGAAGAUGAACCCUAAAGCCUGGUGACUGACUGAACAAGGGACCUUACCUGGGACUAAGGACUGAAGACAGGGUCGCCAGUGGCCCAAAUAUGCCUCUAACUUUUACUAAUAGGACCUAUUCAGGUGUUUUAGGGGAAUUUCUUAAUGACUAAGCGACCGUCCUUAAUGAAACUGUCUUAAUCGAAUUUAUGCCCAAGUGUCCAAAUACUCACUGUAGGAAUCUUAGCAUGUAUGGACUGCAAAUACACUUGUGAAUGUCUGAAUGUGGGACCUUUGGGAUGAAUAACGUUCUCGUGGUUCUUUUGACAGGGUGUACCUAACCACUACGAUAAUAGACUAUGAUAAUAGUCCUUAAUGCAUUGGAGGCCUUUCUAACCAGAACAUAUCACUGAAACGAUAUAUAUUGAACACUUAUCAGAGACACAGCGAAUGGUGGAUCUAAUGUAAGCAUUGCAUAAAAUGAUGUUAUAGGCCAGUAGAGGAGGAGAAAGAAGUUCAGGUUUGCACUGCACUCAAUAUAAGCAGUGGCCUGAUGAUUGAAAUGGGACAUGACACUUUCUAGUGGACCAAACUAAUGCACAGUACACCGUGGCCUGAGCCAGUUAUCACUUUCUCUUUUUACAAUACAAUGACAAUAAUUGGUUUUAAGGAAAUGUUUUUGAAUUGUAGAUGUAUCAUUAUUGUACCAAAUCAUUUGCACUUUUUUUUUGUAGUUAGACUUGCUAAAAUACACAGGAAUUCAAAGCACCAUGCCGUUUCUCAUUUUUAAUUCAAUUGAAGUAUUUGUUAACAAUAUUCGGUGGAAUAUGUUUGAAGCUAAUGGUUGUACUAGACAUUUCUGAUUUUGUUAUUGUUGAAAAUGUGUAUUGUUGAUGUUUUGUGUAGCCCUAAUGUAUUAGAUUAUGUUGUUUCCCUCCACUCAUAUACUGUAAGAUAUCUAACGGUCUUCCAUGCUCUGGAUUAAAACCCAUUUCUACUACA